AUGGUGAACAAGAGAAAACCUUCAAGGGAAGUUGAAGGAAGGGAAAAGAACAAUGAAGAAGGGAACACUAUUGGAUGGGAACAGUUAAGGGAAGAAGCAACAUCAGUAGCAGCUGCCCUACUUGGAGCUCGAAGAUCAAGAAAACGUUACAUUGGGGUGCGCCAAAGAUCUUCAGGGAGAUGGGUGGCUGAGAUCAAAGACACCAUUCAGAACAUUAGACUGUGGUUAGGUACUUAUGACACUGCUGAAGAUGCUGCUAAAGCUUAUGAUGAAGCAGCUCGUUUGCUUCGAGGUGCUAACACUCGCACAAAUUUCUUUCAUUCCCAAUCUUCUCAUUCUAUUUCAGCUCUUCCUCCAAAGAUUGCCAAACUCUUACUUUUUAGGCUCAAAGCUAGUAACAUUGCCUCUUCUUGUAUGGUUACUACUACUUUUCCUACUAACCACUAUGAUCAAGAAACCAUACCAGAACCAGAACCAAGACCCCAUUUUUUUCACCAAAUAGAAGAACCCAACUUCGAAAAUUUUCUAGACAUUGCAGGAAAUGGGACUGUUGCAGCAAGUUAUGAUGAUGGUGCUAGUUAUGGUUCUUCUGACACUACUAUUUAUGACUAUAGUGGAACCAAUGGAGAAAAGUUUAACCAAGAGGGUUGUGGAGAGGAUUUUACACUGGAGUAUCAUUGUGCUAACAAUGUUGAUGAUGGAAACAAUCAGAUCGUGAGGCGUAAAGGAGAAUUUGUAGACUAUGAUGUUGGGCUCAAUGAGUUUAAGUUUCUGGAUAGUGUUGGAUCAUUGAGUUACUCUUCUUCUCCAUUUGAGAUAGCAGAGGAGAUGGCGGGGUUAAUGGAGGAAGAAAAAUGUGAUGUGGAUGAUUCUCUGUUACUUAGAGAAACUCUUAGGAUGAAGUAUGAACGUAAAAUCUCAUCUUGUCUUUACACCUUAAUUGGGGUGUCUGAGUGUUUGAGGCUGCAAGUUGAACCAGAAAAUGGAAAGGAAAUGGAAAAAUUUUCAGGAUGGGAACUGUGA